UAUGUUCAGAGCGGUUAACAUGUAAACAAACAACACGUUGCUUUCUGUGGGUCGCUUUCCAUAAGUGGUUUUCAUCAUUCAAGCUCUUGUUCACGAUGUCACGGGCAGCCGGUACACUAAUAACGACCCAUAAUGCCAACUAUAUUCCCCCAAGAUUUAUGCCAGGAUAUCGAGGUCAUUGUCCUACAAUAAAGUUUGACUAUGGUGAAACAUUUGGCAAUGCAACCCAAAAGUAUUUUCAAGAUUACCGGUCAGAAGUCCUGAACAGCUCUGCAAGUCCAUACUGUAAAGGAGGAAGUUUCCCUACCUACUAUACUCAUGACCCGGACUCUGUCAUCAGCAAUCGGAAUCGGUCAUGGGACAGGUGGACGCUGGCGCCACGAUAUGAGCUUACAAACAUAGACCAUGACAGGAAGGAAGAGUUGUACAGAUUUAAUGAGCUAGCUCAGUCCCACCGAGAAUACUACCAGGACAAGAGUGGGACGAAGAGGCGUGUUGAUUAUUUCGUGUUGCCUACGUCUAACGAGGAUCAGUUUAAGAAAAAUCAUGCAUUCAUCACAAGGGCAAGGCGCUGCUCUGAACAACUAUGGCUCCCAUAUUUGGACCACAUAGCUCGCCGGAAACCGAUCUUGCGGAUAGUAAAUCGUCACAAUGGCAACACGCCAUUCCGAACGACUUUGCCUCCCUUUUGUGAGUCACAUAGCACGACGGGGACCGAUCUUAAGGCGUGCAAUACCUAGGACGUCACAGAGAGAGCGGGAGUUAAGGGAUGCACAUUGGGAGAAGCGAUAAAAAUCCAUCAGAGUACACAAAAAUAAACGAUCUCAAAUAAAACAAAACUUUUAUAUCAUUUUCAGUAUACAGACCUGUUUCGCAAGCUUUACUGUGAUAGAUAAUAAUAGUUUAAACAAAAUUCUUGUAUUUCACAGUUUGUUUAAUGUACUGUGAAAUCCCUCCAACCUGAGUCCUUGGUAAACUGGAAUUCUCUCAAAACCGGACAUUUUCACAGUCUCUGACUUUUCAACCAAUUAUGUGGUUACGAACAGACGGUUGAUGCUUGAGUUAGCUGUCAGAGUUGUAUGGUCAUUUUGACAGGUUGCUCACGUCCUGUUGAGAAAUAACAGUGAAGUAAUUGAAAUCCAGUUUGCAGUAAACCUCUGUAUUUGAAGUUUGAUGUUGUGUCGAGUUAAUAAUCAUUGCAAUCUCUUCACAAGUUACUUGAUUUACCACAAUGCCCUACAACCAUCUAUGGAUUUAAUUCAUUGUUUUAAUUAACUUUUUUUGGCAACAUUUAUUUAAUGAUAUAAAAGUAUAAUUUGACUUGGCUUGGUGGAAACGAAAUAUGUUAAUAACAUUUCAUUUUUAAAUAAUUUUUAAAAUGACAGAACAUGUGAUUGGUAUUGGUUUUUUGACAAUUGGGUCACAUUUGUCAUAUUAUUAUAAAUGAGAAUUAUACCACAAGAGGCCUUUACCUGUGAAAAAAACACCGUAUAAACUGGAUACCAGACGUUUUACUCAAUCCCUGGCAUGUCUUGUUUAGAGGGGUUUCACUGUAUAUUUUUUGUUAAUUUUUAUACAUAAAUAUAUAUUACAAAGAUACCAGCUUGAAUACUCAAGUGAAUUAUGAUCAUUGUUUUUCUUCCAAUUAAUUGUAUAUUAGGUUACUUGAUGAAAUGUUUAAAAAAACAAACAUUCACCAGUAUAUUCAAAUGAUGGUUCUGUCCCAGGUCAGGUCCCUGGCUUUGCCAGAGUCCGGACCCGGGAUGGACAUGCUUGAAACCCUAGUGGUAUAGGGUCAUGAUAAACUAGUUCACCUUCAAAUGAUGGUUGAUGAACUAAUGUAAUGUAAUAAAAUAUAUUUGUACAGAAUAUAUAAUUAUGUAAUACAUUAUAUUGAUGAUUUACAUAUAUAAUUACUUAAGCCAAAUCAUAAACAUUUUAAGUAAUUACAAAAGAUAUUUUGGAUAAAAAUUGGCCAGUAGUAGGGGAUUAGAUAGUGGGUGUACUAAAGGUACAAGUUCAACUUGAACGUAUUUAGGUGUUUUAGGUGAAGGUACUGCAUGUUUUUGUAUUGAUAGUCUUCUGUUUGCUUCAGCUGGUCUUUCAGUCAAUAAUGUGAAUACUAUUCAGUAUUGUUGGGUUUUUGUCCUUAUUCUAAACCUUGUAUAUCUUUAUUUCAUUUUAGCAUUUUCUUAAUAAUCAGUCAGAAAGCUACUUUUGUAGUUGUUUUUAAGCUUCAGUGUGAUGUUUUUAUUAUUGUUGCAGGAAAUUUCAUCAAGAAUAACUUGUUAAAGAUGUGUACUUAAUUAUUACUUUUAUGAAAGAAGAGAUGCUGUUUAUAGGUGAUUUGUUACUUUGUAUCAAUGUGAUUGUUAAAUUUUGUGUUGCUCCUGUAUGCCUUAUAAUAACCUAGCAGAUUCACUGCUUAAAAUGUAUAAUGGUCUGGUACAAACAUGACAUAUUCAAAUAGAGAAAUAAAUUGAUUAUCAUAAAA